UUGCAGCGUGAAGCCACGCAACAGUCUAUGUUUUGUCAGAGCUCCUCAGCUCAGUCUCCUCGAUCGGCGUCUGUCCUUUUCUCUUGCAAGUUCGUUUCGCUUUUUACUGUUGAGUAUUGUCUUCAACUUCGCUGAUCCUUUGAUUUCAGCCGUUUCUCAGACACAUGCUGAAUACUACCAAACUCCCUUCUCCGUCCGUCCCACGUCUACGGGAUAUAGACCUUCACCUUGUCGAUGCCGUUAUUCUCCACCUAUGCCUGGCGUCAAAGACGUUUCGCUGGAAAAGCAGCCAACACUAUUUUCAUAUGCAACAAAAUAGUUAGCUGAUUGAUGAUUUAGUUCAAAAUGGCGACUGUCAACGUGAACAGAGAAAUCGCGGAUGUCUACUACCGCUACAAGAUGCCAGCGCUUCAAGCGAAGGUGGAGGGGAAAGGGAACGGAAUGAAAACGGUCAUCGUCAACAUGGUGGCCAUUGCGAAGGCCCUUCAUCGUCCGCCAUCAUACUCUACGAAAUAUUUUGGCUGUGAACUGGGCGCUCAGGUGCAGAUGGAUACGAAAAAGGAGCGCUACAUUGUCAAUGGUCCGCAUGAUGCAGGAAAGCUGCAGGACAUGCUCGAUGGCUUCAUCAAGCGAUUUGUCCUGUGCAAAGAGUGUGGAAACCCAGAGACUAAUUUGGAGGUGUCUCGCAAACAGACCAUCAAUCAAAUCUGCAUUGCGUGCGGCUAUCGCACUGGCGUCGACAUGCGCCACAAACUCACCACCUUCAUCUUGCGGAAUCCGCCCAACCCCCCGUCAUCUGGCAAGACGAAGGUAUCGAAGAAGAAUUCCUCGAAAACUCCGCCUGCCGAGGGCACGGACACAUCUGCCAUGGCUAGCGAUGCUGUUCCACGACCUUCUGGCAGCGGGUCCUCCGUGGAUGGCAAUGUCGAUGAUGACGAUUGGUCUGUGGACACCAGUGCUGAUGCAGUGAAACAACGCAUGGCCAGCAGUUUAACUACUGCUGCAGCUACUCUUGCUAUCACAGACGACUUGGAACUGCCCGAGGACAAGCGCUUGGACCUGCUUGAAGCCUUCAUUGCUAAGGAGAUGAAAGGCGGCCAGCUGGCACCUGACAACGAGUCCGUUUUCAAAGAGUCGCGGCGCUUGGAGCUUGUAGAAAAGACUGUUCUCCUUGUGUGUGAGGCGGUCUUAAACGCUAAUGCUUUGGACCAGCUCAAGACGUAUUCCAAGCUCUUUUUGCAGUUUCUCCGUGAGAACAAGAAAGCACAGAAACACUUUCUGGGUGCUCUGGAGAACCUGGUAGGGAAACGCCAUCCCGCUCUGCUCAACCGUGUUCCUCACAUCUGGAAGAUGAGUUAUGAUCUGGACUUGGUUGAUGAGGAAGUCUUUCUUGAAUGGGAAGGAAAGGUAUCAAAGCGCUAUGUCAGCAAAGAAAUGUCCCAGACCAUCCGGGACCGCGCCACACCCUUUCUGAAAUGGCUGCGCGAGGCAGAGGAGGAAGAGGAGAGCGACGAUGAAGACGACAUUGAGGUGGUCUACACACACAAGAGCCAAGCUCAAGUCGAGAAAGAAGAGCGUCAGAAGAUCAAGACUGCUGCUGCUGCUGCAGGCAAUGAUGAUGGUGGUGAUGAUGAUGACUUGGACAUCGACAACAUCUAAUUUCCGGCUGUGCGUGCAUGCCAUUACAUGUUUUCGCUGUGCAUAGGUUGGCCCUGUCGAUACAGUGCUGUAGGACAUGAUUGUAUCAUUACUUCGAAUGCAGUGUAGCAAUGAAUACCCCUAUGCUUUGCUUUGUAGUAUAGUAAUUCUGCAUCAGUGACAUGUGUGUGUAUCUGCUGUUUUGUUUGUUUAAAUAUGAACAACUACGAGUCUCGUACAAAACUUAGUACUUCUGAA